AAAGCAGGGGAGUCUUGGUGCAUGUGCUACCUCAACAUGCAUUCAUCUUUCUCUGUCUCUCGGCUCUCUCUCUUUCCAUUCAAUGUUCUCGAUUUCCCUUCCCCCUCUCACGCUCCCCCACCUUCUCACGUUCUCCACUGAACUUAGCCUACAGUUUUAUGCAAACCCUGAUCACCCACUCUCUGACACGACCACCACUGCUCUAUCCUGUUCCUGCCCACAAUAUUUUUUCUUUUAAAAAAGAAAUAACAUCAGUAUUCUACUAUUCUUAAUUUCUUUCACCGGAACCUCAGAAUCUCUAAUGUGCAGCAUGUUACUGACAAGGACUCAUUUAUUAACGAGUCGCCCUUUACAAUUAAAGGAGUUCAGCAAAUCAUCUGAGCUUCAUCCAAACUCCAAAGCAAAAGCAACCAUCGUCUUCUCCACAAUGUUCUGGUUUCCCAAGCACUUUCUUUCUUUUCAGUGGCCAGUUUUGAUGUAAAUCCUCCUCCGCUAUCGCAUCUUCAGUCUGUAUGGGGAAGAAGGGAGGAGGUACCUCAUGGUUAACUGCUGUGAAGAGGGCUUUCAGAUCUCCUACCAAAGAGACUGACAAGAGAAGUAACAGAAGGAGAGAAGAGAAUGAUCAAGAAGAGGAUGAAGAGAAGAAGAGAGAGAAGCGAAGAUGGAUUUUCCGAAAACCCUCCAAUCUAGAGGUGACGACGCUGCCGAAGAAUGUCACUGCUGUUGGCACCAGCGGUGGUGCUGCUUCGGAGAACCAUGUUCCCGCAGCCGCUGUCAAGGCUGCGGAGAAAGGGCAUUCCAUUGCAUUCGCCGUCGCGACCGCCGCCGCUGCGGUGGCCGCAGCACAGGAAGCUGUGGAGGUGGCCCGGCUCACGGGGCCUUCUACGUACGCCAGGGCGUAUUACGCUGCCAUUGUUAUCCAGACAGCUUUCAGAGGGUAUCUGGCAAGGAGAGCUCUUCGUGCGCUGAAAGGGCUGGUGAAGCUGCAAGCUUUGGUAAGAGGUCACAAUGUUAGAAAGCAGGCGAAGAUGACCCUGCGAUGCAUGCAAGCUCUGGUUCGAGUGCAGGCUCGGGUGCUGGAUCAACGCUUGAGGCUGUCGCACGAAGGCAGCAGAAAGUCCACUUGUAGCAUAUGGGAGUCGAGAUAUCUUCAGGAAAUUGCCGAGAGGAAGUCCCUUUCGAGAGAUGGAGGCAGCCUCCCAGACGAUUGGGAUGAUCGCCCCCACACAAUUGAAGAAGUUAAAGCAAUGUUGCAAAGCAGAAGGGAAGCUGCUUUCAAAGGGGAGAAGAACUUAUUUCACCCACUCUCUCAACAGCAGAUGAGGAAAAGUGGAAACUCAUCAAUGGGCAACGAAGACGAACAGGAAGAACAGCCCUGCAGGUGGCUAGAAGGGUACUGGAGGGCCACAAACACAAAGCCAUGGGAAGGCAGGGGAAGAACUUCCACCUAUCAAAGACUAGACCCCAUCAUCAAAACCGUGGAAAUCGACACCUCCCAACCUUACUCCUAUUUACCCACAAACUACCGAAGAUCAAAUCAAUGCCACCACUACCAAAGGCCCACUUCAUUCUCCGCCCUAUCUCCUCUCCACAGAGCCCACCGCUGCCCCGUCACGCCCUCCCCCUCCAAACCAAAGCCUGUCCAAGUCCACUCCGCCAGCCCCCGCUGCGGAACCAACGAUGGAAGCUACCGCACCGCCCAAACCCCCAGCUUAAGGUCCAAUUACUACUACAACGGUGGGUUCCACCACCACCCGAGGGGUCCGAUCACGACCGCAUCAUUGCCCAAUUACAUGGCGGCGACGGAGUCGGCGAAGGCCAGGGUCCGGUCGCAGAGCGCGCCGAGGCAGCGGCCCUCGACGCCGGAGAGGGAGCGCGGCGGGUCGGUGAAGAAGCGCCUAUCGUUUCCGGCGCCAGACGCGUACGGCGGCGGAACGGGGUACGGAGGUUACGGAUACAGUUUGAGGAGUCCGAGCUUUAAGAGUGCGGUGAGCGGCCGCGGAGGGGGAGGGCAUUUGGGGAUGGAACAGCAGUCCAACUAUUCUUCUUGCUGCACGGAGAGCCUUGGGGGUGAGAUUUCUCCUUCUUCGACGGGUGACAUUAGAAAGUGGUUUAGGUGAUUUAUAUAUAUAAAUUAUGAAUGUGCUAAGAAGUUUGGAUCUUUUGGCGUAAUUGGAGAUCUUGGGCUUGAUUGGUUUAGGAUAAUUAGGAUAUUCACUAUGCAGUUGAAUGGAUGAUUCAGAUUCUAACUA